GAAUCCCUCCUGAAAAAAGAAAGGCCACUGACAUUGAUGACAAUGCAGCAGCAGCAAUUCCAAACAAGAGACAGAAAACACUCUUGUGUGAAGUAGAGAAAGAAAAUGCUGAGCUAAAGAGGGAGAAUGUAUAUCUUUUAGACAGCAUUCGCUUUCGAAAUCAUCAGCUGGAGGAUGAAAGAGAAAGUAAGAAGAAGUUAUGUUUACAACUGGAGAGAUAUCAACUGGAGGAUGAACGUAGAAAGAAAGAAAGGGAAUGGCCAGAAUCCCACGAUGUGUUGACGGGAAUGAAAGAAGAACGAGAUGGUGUCUUAUCCUUGUUUGAAGAGAAGAAGGCCAUAAAUAAAGCUGACGAGUCAAACUUCUUGAUGAAACAACACAAUAAGAAGGAAGGUUGGAGGCUAAAGAAGGAAAGAGAGCGCCUGAAAAGGAAAGAGAAUGGUUUGGAUGAGAGAGAGAAUGAUUUGGAUGAGAGAGAGAAUGGCUUGGAUGAAAGAGAGAAGGAAUUGAUUGAAAUGAAAAAGAUAAUCCAAGAGCAGUUUGCAUACAUCAAACAAGCCAACACCCCUAAAAUGCAGUAUAUCAUACAGCAAAAGGAAGAAAGGGAGGAGAACAUGAUUCAAAGGAUGGGAGAGAUGCAACAGGAGAACAACAGCCUCAGGGACAUGUUGUGUGAGAUUCAACAUCUAAGUGGUUGUUGCAUAUGAAAUGAUGAAAGUAUUAUUUCAUGUCUCAUGUACGAGGGUUGAUCCAAAAGUUCUGAACUGUUUGCUCUAAAAUUCUUAAUACUUUAUGAAUAUUGUUCAUAUUUGGCCACAACCACCCCAUAUAUAGUAGUUUCAUUUUGUGUAAAAAUAAGCAAUAAAUUUGACCAGCAACAUAGGUGUCUGGUUACCAUAGCAACAUGACAACAGGGUAGGUGGAGCAAGAGUACGACACAGUUAUCCUGGUUCACUCUGUGGCAACUGGAGCCACCGUCAAUGGAGCUUAUUAUUCAAAGGUGCUGAAGAAAGAUCUUAAAGAUGCUAUGAGAAAAAAAACGACCGGAUCUUGGGAAUUUUUACUCUCACUAUGUAUUGCCUCAGCCCACAGAGCCGAUGUUACAAUAGGGACAAUACACAAGUGCUUGCAGGCCCAACUACAGCCCCAUCUGCCACAUUCUCCCGAUAUGGAACCAUGUGACUUUCUUGUUUCCUGA